GGAGGAUAAGGAUGGAAGUCUGAGUUUGUGAGUUGAAUUGUGAGAUUUCGAUGUUGUGAUUCCACACUCAAAGUCACGUUUCCAGGAUGGGUUCCAUCCCUUCUGCUCGAGACUCUCUUGGCUGUCCCUUUAACAAUCAGACUGUGCAGCUCCCUAGCGGGUAGGGGGAGAGAUCGCGUGUCCGCUACCCAAUGACAGUGCAGGAUGCUGAGACCGGUGUGAAUGGAGGCUGGAAGACGCUACUGUCUCUGGAUGGUGAUGGAGAGGAACUAAUGGUAGAAAAAGAUCUGUCGAUGUCGAGGUCCUUCACCCACACAGGCAUGCAGUGAGCCGCCCAUGUGUGUUACAGAGUGAGGGUGCACUGUGAUCGUCGCAGCGUACCCCUGGUAAGGACCCCGUGGCAAGCGUCCGGCCGGCCCAGGCCACACCUCCCACACCCAGAACAUGUACGGCAGCGCCAGAGCGGUCGGCCACAUCGAGAGCAGCCCUGCACGGUCCCCGCGCCUGCCUAGGUCCCCCAGGCUGGGCCACCGGAGGGCCAACAGUGGGGGCGGGGGCGGUGGAGGGGGCAAGACGCUCUCCAUGGAGAACAUCCAGUCACUGAACGCUGCCUACGCCACGUCCGGGCCCAUGUACCUAAGCGACCACGAGGGAGUGGGCUCAACCGCCACCUACCCUAAGGGCACCAUGACGCUGGGGCGCGCCUCCAACCGGGCCAUGUACGGGGGCCGCGUCACGGCCAUGGGCAGCAGCCCCAACAUCGCCUCGGUGGGGCUGGGCCACCACGCUGACCUGCUGUCCUACAGCGACCUGGGCUCCCUGUCCAUGCUGCAGCACCACCACCACCACCCUCAGGGGGUGUCGUCGGCCCUGUUGCGGCAAGCUGUGAGAGGCAGUGGGGGGGAGCUCCUGGAGAUGCAGGCCACACUCCGGGACAUGCAGCGGGAGAACGAUCUGCUGAGGAGAGAGCUGGACCUGAAGGACAGCAAGCUGGGCUCGUCCACCAACAGCAUCAAGAGCUUCUGGAGCCCCGAGCUGAAGAAGGAGAGGAUGAUACGCAAGGAGGAGGCGGCGCGCACCUCCGUCCUCAAGGAGCAAAUGAGGGUGACUCACGAGGAGAACCAGCACCUGCAGCUGACAAUCCAGGCCCUACAGGACGAGCUGCGGACCCAAAGGGACCUGAAUCACCUACUGCAGCAGGAGAGCGGCGGCCGCUCUGGGGACCACUACACCAACAUCGAGCUGACCGAGGAGAACUUCAGACGGCUACAGGCUGAGCACGACCGCCAGGCCAAGGAGCUGUUCCUCCUGAGGAAGACCUUGGAGGAGAUGGAGCUGCGGAUCGAGACCCAGAAGCAGACGCUGGGGGCCAGGGACGAGUCCAUCAAGAAGCUGCUGGAAAUGCUCCAGAGUAAGGGUCUGCCUGGAGGGCCAGGCAGGGUCAACGAGGAGGAGGAGCAGGAGAGAGCCAGGCGCAUUGCUGAGGCCGAGGCUCAACUUGGACAUCUGGAGGUCAUCUUGGACCAGAAGGAGAAGGAGAACAUCCACCUCCGAGAGGAACUGCACAGGAGAAACCAGAUGCACCAGGACCCUGGCAAAACCAAAGCCCUCCAGACCAUCAUAGAGAUGAAGGACACCAAGAUAGCAUCUCUGGAGCGCAACAUCAGGGACCUGGAGGAUGAGAUUCAGAUACUGAAGGCUAACGGCUUGCUGAACACCGAGGACAGAGAGGAGGAGAUCAAACAGAUGGAGGUCUACAAAAACCACUCCAAGUUCAUGAAGACCAAGAUUGACCAGCUGAAACAGGAGCUGUCUAAGAAGGAGUCUGAGCUGCUGGCCCUGCAGACCAAGCUGGAGACCCUGAACAACCAGAACUCGGACUGCAAACAGCACAUAGAGGUGCUCAAAGAGUCCCUCACUGCCAAGGAGCAGCGCGCCGCCAUACUGCAGACAGAGGUGGACGCCCUGCGCCUGCGUCUGGAGGAGAAGGAGUCCUUCCUGAACAAGAAGACCAAGCAGCUGCAGGACCUGACGGAGGAGAAGGGCACGCUGGCUGGAGAGAUCCGUGACAUGAAGGACAUGCUGGAGGUCAAGGAGAGGAAGAUCAACGUCCUGCAGAAGAAGAUUGAGAAUCUGCAGGAGCAGCUGCGUGAUAAGGACAAGCAAUUGGGGAACCUGAAGGACAGGGUGAAGUCCCUACAGACUGACUCCAGUAACACUGACACGGCCCUGGCCACCCUGGAGGAGGCACUCUCUGAAAAGGAGCGUAUUAUAGAGAGACUGAAGGAGCAGAGAGCGAGGGAGGACAACGAGAGGAUGGAUGAAGUGGAGUCUUAUAAGAAGGAGAACAAGGACCUCAAGGAGAAGGUCAACACCCUGCAGCUGGAAUUAACAGAGAAGGAGUCCAGUCUCAUUGACUUAAAGGAGCACGCCUCAUCCCUGGCCUCCUCCAGCCUGAAGAAGGAAUCCAAGCUCAAGUCUCUGGAGAUGGCCAUCGAGCAGAAGAAAGAGGAGUGUAGUAAGUUGGAGACACAGUUACAGAAGCAAGCAGAGCAGCUGUUCAGUCAGAUGAACAACCCUAAGGCCCACGAGGUCCACGAGGUCCAACAGCAGCAGCAGAUGGCGGGGCUGGGCUCCAGGGGGAACCCAGACUACGUGGAGCGGGAGCGGGAACAGCGGGUCAAGCUCCUGGAGAAGGAAGUGUCCUACUACAAGGAGGAGUCUGGCAAGGCCCAGGCGGAGGUGGAGAGGCUACUAACCAUCCUCCGAGAGGUAGAGAGCGAGAAGAACGACAAGGACAAGAAGAUCGCCGAGCUGGAGAGCCCCCCUCACUCUGCCCCUGUCCCUCGCCCCGGCCUCGGCCCUGUCCCUCGCCACGGUCCCGGUGGCAGAGCCCCCCCUGACCCACUCCCCCCUGUGUCCUCCGCUGCCCCCGCUGCCCCCCAGCAGAUAGGGGGAAUGGUGUGGGAUUUCCUGGGAAACCUAGCUCCCAGGCAGGCCAAGGAGCAAGUUACUAAGAAGGGGGGUCCCAACCUCAAACUAGGCCCCCAGGGGGACAAGAAGCCUGGUCAGAUAAUGGGGGAUCCUCGAAAGGACAACACCAUGGACUCAGGCCAGCAUGUAAAGCUGGAGGAGAUGAUGAAUACCCUGGAGAGGACCAGACAGGAGCUGGACGCCACCAAGCAGCGCCUCUCGUCUACCCAGCAGUCCCUGCAGGAGAGAGACGGUCACCUGACAAACAUGAGGCAGGAGCGCAGGAAACAGUUGGAGGAGAUCCUGGAAAUGAAGCAACAGGCCCUGCUGGCAGCGAUCAGUGAGAAGGACGCUAACAUCGCUCUGCUAGAGUUGUCUGCCUCUGGGAAGAAGAAGACCCAGGAAGAGGUUUUGGCUCUGAAGAGGGAGAAGGACAGACUGAUGCACCAACUCAAACAGCAGACACAGAGCAGGAUGAAGCUGAUUGCAGACAACUAUGAAGAUGACCACUACCACCCCCAUCCUCCUCACCACACCCAACCCCAGCAACCCCACCCGGGCCCCCAGGCUCAGCUCCCCCAGCCACAGUAUCAGCACCCUCCUAACCCCCAGCAGCAGCAACAGCCCCCAUACCCCCAUGCCCCACACUCCCAGCACCCCCAGCCCCCACCCCAACAACAUCCACACCCCCAGCAGCCUCAACAGCAGUACCCCCCGCAUCCGCAGCAGCAUCCACAGGGGCAUCCCCAACAGCCCCCGCCUCAGCACCAACAACACCAACCACGGCCCCAGCACCCGCAGCAAGCGCAGCACCCACACCCACAACAACAACACGCCCACCCAGGACAGCACCCCCAUGGGCCUCCACCACAGCAGCAGCACCCCCACCUACAACAGCACCCCCAACAGCACCCACAACAGCAUCCACAGCAGCACCCCCACGGCCCCCCUCAGCAAGCCCCCCACCCCCAGCACCCACAUCCCCAGCAGCACCCCCACCACCCUCCACAUGCCCCGCAACAGCACGGCGGGCACCCCCGCCACCCGCCCCCACACCACCGCGGAGGACCAGGGCCUGCCAGAGGACCCCCCCAUGCCGGCCAUCGCCCCUCCCCUGACCAGGAUGACGAGGAGGGCAUUUGGGCGUAAUCGUGUCCAUGACAACCAAAGCUUUGAUGUUGUUCUGAGGGAUCAUUCAGUUACUAUUGGAGGAGCACAGCCAUUCCACGAUGCUGAAAUACAUUGACUACCUACCAACCUAUUUGUUACCACCAUACAAUCCACACUUCAAUGGGGCCUUUCAUUUAUUUUUUACUGAGGAUGAGGAUACAGAGGAGGAGGAGAUGGAGAGGAGGGAUGAAGCAGGUGGGAGGGCCAGACGAGGAGACUGAUGGUUGAGGUGACUGAAGAGCCAUCAUGUGAAGAGGGGCAGCUGCAGCUCUUUGAGAGUGACUCUGGGGAGGAGUCUUCCUACAGACACAUAGGUGUUGUGAAGUUACACUGGGUUGGACAGACUGGGUCUCACACAGACAGACAGACAUCUGGGCUGUCUGGUCUCAGCUCCGUAGUUCUGCUCACACAGCCAAACUCACACAGCCACUCUGGUAUAAUUGUCAAGAUGCUCAGCUCACCUGUCUGUCACCUGCCAUCCCCACAGAGCCCCGCCCACUCUCAUAAGACUAGCUGCACCCCCUCACCCACCUGGCUAAGAUCUAACAACUAUCCCUGCCCUGUUCACAUGAGGUGCGCUCAGUUCAAUUGAACAUUUGCUACGUUGCGGAACGGUUUGUACUGAACAAAACGUUUCCCCAAAACAAUCUUGUACGUUUUUGAUCAGACUUCUAGGUGCGUUUCCUCCUGUUUGGGUGGGUGUGGCUGGGUGUGGCUUGAAGCAAUGAAUGACGUUUAGAAAGGGCAGUGGCCGUGCUGACAGCAUUCCCCAUACCACAACCCAGCCCCUCCCCGUUUUCCAACUGGUCAUUCAGUACAGCACUGUUUCUGUUCAAUGGAAUGUUCCAGAACCUAAAAAUGUACUGAAGCCAGUCCUGGCUUGCUCCCCUGUUCUCACCAACCUGCAUCUAAUUGGUUCACUCUCCUGUCUCCGCUUGCUUUGUUUACCUGAGCUUUUCACCUGAUUAGUUCCUUUGUAUCAACAGUCCUUUCUCUGAUUGGUUCACCUGACUGGCUCUGCCCUGUUUACCUGAUUUGCCCCACCCUGCUGACCCCCGGCUGGCUGUGAUUGGCUCCCCUGCCUGGCAGUCUUCACCCUACUGACAGUCUAACACAGCAGCCUCACAGUGCUUCUUUUGCUAUGUUGAUUUUUGUUGUUGUUUCUUUGUCAGAGACAGCCUGCUCUCUUUCCACAUAUUUAAGGAAGUGCCAUACAGUUACAGCUUUAGUUCACAUGUACAUAUGCGUUAACAGCUAACCUAUUUCACAGGAAGUUCCUUUGCUGUGUCUCUAAAAGUGAAGUUGUGCUACUUAUUUUUAUUUUUUAAUCUGUUGAGUGCGUUUCAUUUGCAGUGCUUGACCAUGGCUAUGAGUGCUUUGUGCAAAGUGAAUCAUAACCAGGAAUAGGAAGAGCUCUUAUCUGAACAAAACAGCCACUAGAGCUCUUAUCUGACCAAUGGGCAGCCACGGGCCUUGCCUCAACUACUGAAGGUUUCCUUGUGCCGUUAAUGUGCAGUCUGGCAUGGCCUUAUGGGCAGGGCCCUGUACUGGGGGUGUCGCAGGGCCUUUGGGCUUAGGGCUGCCGUCUGUGUAUCUCUCCUGUUUCCUCAGUUGAACCAGAUGCAGUCAGAACUCCCAUCUAUGCAGAGGUCAGAACUAAUAAUGCCACUUUGAAUCCAGUCAUGAGUCAAGUGCACCAAUCAAAAAGUGUUUAGAUGUAUUGAAGCUGCAUGAGUACCAAUCAGAAUGGUCUAUUCAGAACAUACACCAAUCAGAUUCCGUUGUUAUGUGUCUCUCAGCGUGAUAUGCACCUAUGCACCUCCUCCUCCCCUGUUGCAGGGAUACUUCUAAUGGUGCUUUUAGAUCACUGGUGCUCACACAACAUGGUGUCCAACCAGAGAAACAGCUGAGAGACAUGGCCAUUGGACAUUGUGCAUCCAUGUCAUUCAAUAGGGAGUUGAUCCCAAAACCUGGUGUGCUUAUAAACGGUAGAAGACUGUGUUGUAUAUAGGAUCAGCUGGAGAGACUCCGAGGAAAUGGUGCAAGGAGGGUAUAGAUUUUAUAUGUUUGAUGUCAUCCAUGGACACCCAGGAGAUUUCCUGCCAUACCUUUACAGCCGUCUCUCCUGCUCAUUGACUCCCUCCUUCCUCCUCCUCCUCAUCUUCUUCAUCUCCCCUUUCUUCUCUCUUCUUCUCUUUCAGCAGUCUGUGCUAACCCAAAUCCAAACCUAGUGACUCGUUUUGUCCUUCUCAACAAGGUGGCCUGUGCCUCGUUCAUAUCGUAUACAUAUUAUAUAUAUAAAUAUAUAUAUAUACAUAUAUAGAGAGAGAGAGACAGAAAGAUCUAUGGAGUGUGUCUAUGUGUGGUCAGAAUAUUGUCAAUAACAAAACAUAUUGAGGAUAAAAAUACAUGUUUAAUUUAAUUGUUUAAACUGGCCAAAGGAUAGAGAAAACCCUUAUUCAAUGUGUGGAGUGACGUAUGUGACUUUCCUCUGUUUUGUACAUUACAAGAAAAUACUCCUUAGCAGCAAGCAACAUUCCCUGUCUGUGGUUCUCACGAAGGAUAGUCUGUCCUAAGAAACCUUGAGACACAGUCCAAAGGAAAGGAGUGAGAAAAUGAUUCCAUUCUCACUUAGAAGAGCUAAUGUUACAUUCCUGUUGCAGUGUGAGAAAUCUAUUUUGAGACUCACACACACACACACACACACACACACACACACACACACACACACACACACACACACACACACACACACACACACACACACACACACACACACACACACACACACACACACACACACACACACACACACACACACACACACACCAUUGGGUUAGAGUGAGACCUGAGUCUCUGCACAGAGGGGAAGACAUCCUGUUUUUGCAGCUCACUAAAGUAGCAAAGAGACUAUUUUGAGCAGCACAGCAGAUGGAAACUUGCACUUGUGAGUGAGGACUAUCGUUACCUUUGUUAAAGUGGAGGUUUGGAGUGACUCCGUCGUUGCAGAUCCAUUGUCCAGCCAGUCUCUGGGUUGUGUGUUUGUUUGUUGUCGUCUUCAAUGCCGUUGUCCUGAUGACCAAGAUGUGGUGACAGUUGAGUGUGUAGAAAACCCUUCUAGUGGGAAAACAUCCAAGACUGUUACACCCCCCCACACCCACCACCACCUGCCCCCCUCCGUGUGUGUGUGUGUGAUUGUGUGUGUGUGUGUGUGUUUCACUCCUUGUGGCUGAUAUCGUGACUGUUGUAGAAAAGUGCCCCAUCCUCCACUGGGAUCCAAACAGAAAGGAUCCCUGUACGAUGGUCACCUCUGAGUCAACUUCAACACAGAAUACAGACAGGACAGGUGUCUCACAAAUCCUCCUCCCAUUGACUAACAAUCAACAGUUCGGAUUAAAUCAAAUUGAAGAAAAAAAUAAGACGUUGUGUGGAUGUUGUGUUUGUGUUUUCAAUGUCAGAUUGGUACUAAUGAUCUUUAAGGAAAGGCAAUCCAGAAGAGCACACGGAUGGAGGCGUGAAGAACCUCUUACUUUACCAUCAUGGGGAACGGAUUCAGAAUCCUCAAUUUUCAGGUCAUUUACUACUGAAUACUUGAAGUAGGGGGUUCUCCUACUAAGAGAAGUGAAUAUACAGCACCUGGUAUAUAGAACAUGGUAGAAAGUGUGGAACACUUCAUUGUACUGAUGCAUGCAGAUUUUUACGUAAUGUGCCAACAGAGAGUGAAAGGUUGGGGAGAAUCUCCUAUCCUCUAUGCAGAGCGAGAUCUUGAUGUGCAAUCAAACUGUUAAGGAUCCACAAUGGCCAAUCAGUUAACAUACACCAGGGUUGUGUUCAUUUGGGCACACAAUGUUUUAAAAUGUUUUGCAACGGAAAAUGAGAAUGAACGUUUCUCAUUGGACAAGUCCAAGUAAUCCUUCCCUGUUUCAGUGCAUUUUUCUUCUGUUUGGUGCCUAAGGAACACGACCCAGGGGUUGAAGGCCGAACGACAUCACCAAUAGUAAUCGAAGGAGUUAAAGACCUGAUUCAGAGUUUGAGAAGCCUAAUACAGGCAGACAGAUUUAAUUUCUUUGUCGUGUACAAGUUGCAUUUGAUUUAUUGUGUUAUAUUGAAAAUGCAAACCUUUGGAUGAAACAAAACACUGUGACCAACGCCAGAUUUUUUUUUUUUUACUGAACAAUUGCGUUAAGUUUUUGUAUUUAAGUUAUUCUUGAUGACAUUUUUUAAAUCAGUUUGGCUUGUUGAAUAUGUCAGUUUGGGACUGUACUAUUUGUAAUAGUAAAUGUUUUCUGCUGUACAGUAAAGAUUUAGGAACAAGUUAAAUGUGUGUCCAGCAUGCUGAAUGAUUACUUGUGUGAACGUGGGCUUAUUUCCCAUGAUGCUCCAGUCCUCAUACAUGAAUUGCCUCUGCAUCGUGACAGUGUGAUGUUGUGUUUGAGAGUGGUGUGCGUCUCCUCACCUAUCGUGUCCCCCUAGUAGACAGCCUGUGCAGUGUUAUGAGAGAGGCGGCAUAUUUUUGGGGUGUUACGCGUGUAAAUCUGUGAGAAGUGUGUGUGUGCAUGCAUACGCGUGUGUGUGUGUACUGUAGGUGUGUGUGUGUGUAAGAGAUAAGGAAAGAGCGCGAGAGAAUCAAAACACUCUGUUGCAGGAAACCCCCUGAGAGAGAGAGAGAAUGUUCUGUUCAGCAUGGAUACUGUGUUUAAAACCUACUGUAGGAGGCUGUCUCCACUGCCCCGGACGUUUGCUAUUGUAUGUGCUGUGUCAGAAUAUUACUAUUGAGUGUUGGCCAGCUUGUUUAUAUUCAUUCAAUAAAGGUGACUUUCUUUCA